AUGGCUAAGUUUGAAGUAUCUCCAAUAUUAUUCUUAGUGAUUUUCAUGGUUAUUAAUGGUGUGAUCAUCAAAGGCCAGAAUGUUCCUGCCAUGUUCAUAUUUGGUGACUCACUUAUUGAUAAUGGUAACAAUAACAACAUGGCUUCUUUAGCUAAGGCUAAUUAUUUUCCUUAUGGUAUUGAUUUCAAUGGAGGUCCAACUGGUAGAUUCUCUAAUGGCUACACCAUUGUUGAUGAAAUAGCUGAAUUGCUUGGACUUCCCUUAAUUCCUGCAUACAAUGGAGCCACAGGGAAUGAAGUGCUUCAAGGAGUAAAUUAUGCUUCCGCCGCUGCGGGAAUCCUUGAUGCCACCGGAAGAAACUUUGUUGGACGCAUCCCAUUUGAUCAACAACUUGGGAAUUUUGAGGAUACAUUGAAUCAAAUUAGAGGAAAUAUUGGAGCAGAUAAUUUGGCCACACAACUUGCAAGAUGCAUAUUCUUUAUUGGAAUGGGAAGCAAUGAUUAUCUAAACAAUUAUCUUAUGCCUAAUUAUAACACAAGAAAUCAGUAUAAUGGACAACAAUAUGCUAAUCUCUUGGUUCAAACAUAUGACAACCAACUCAAUAGGCUUUAUAAUCUUGGAGCAAGGAGAUUUGCGAUUGCGGGAUUAGGGUUAUUGGGAUGUACUCCAAGCAUAUUGUCUCAAAGCUUGAGUGGAAGUUGCUCUCAAGAAGUGAACUUGUUAGUGCAACCUUUCAAUGAAAUGUUGAAGGGGGGAGGGGGGGGGGGGGGGGGGGGGGGGGGGGGGACCAUGUUGGGCAAUCUCAAUAAUAAUCUACCCGGUUCUAGAUUCAUAUUCCUCGAUAGUACUCGCAUGUUCCAGGAAAUACUUUCCAAUGCUAGAUCCUACGGAUUUACUGAAUUGAAUAGAGGAUGUUGUGGACUUGGAAGAAACAGAGGUCAAAUUACUUGUCUACCCAUGCAAACACCAUGUCCUAAUAGGAACCAAUAUGUGUUUUGGGAUGCAUUUCAUCCAACAGAAGCAGUUAAUAUUUUGAUGGGAAGAAUGGCUUUUAGUGGCAACACCAACUUUGUCUACCCUAUUAACAUUCAGCAACUUGCUCAACUGUAG